GCAAUCGCCGGAUGUAGGUCUGGCGAAGGAAGACCGGAAGUUUAGUAGAGAAAGAUGGCUGAGUUUAGAGACGCUGAAGAGAACGUCGACACGGUGUCCUUGGGGGAAGAAUCAUCUUCUACAGCUCAAGAGGAUUUAAAUGCUCUCAAAAGAGAGGAAAGAUUAAGAAAGUUCAGGGAACUUCAUUUAAAAAGGAAAGAAGCUAGGAAGUUGAAUCAUGAGGAGGUUGUGGAGGAAGAUAAAAAACAGAAAUUGCCAAGUAACUGGGAGGCACGAAAAGCUCGCUUAGAGUGGGAGCUAAAGGAGGAAGAAAGGAAACGGGAAUGUGCAGAAAAAGGAAUUGAUUAUAAACGAGCAAAGUUACUGGAAAUCAGUGCUGAUGAUGCAGACAGAUGGGAGAGGAAAAAGAAGAAGAAGAACCCUGAUAAUGGAUUUUCAGACUUUGCAGCCGCUCAGCUGCGUCAAUACCAGAGGUUAACCAAGCAAAUAAAACCCGACUUAGAGGAUUACGAGAAGGAGAGAGAAAAACAUGGUGAAGAUUUUUACCCUACAUCAAACAGCCUGUACCAUGGAACUCAUGUGCCCACACAGGAUGGGAUUGACAGAAUGGUCUCAGAUCUUGAAAAACAGAUUGAAAAACGGGAAAAGUACAGUCGUCGGAGAGCCUACAAUGACGAUGCAGAUGUUGAUUAUAUUAAUGAGAGGAACGCAAAGUUCAACAAGAAGGCAGAGCGGUUUUAUGGCAAAUACACAGCCGAGAUCAAGCAGAAUUUGGAGAGGGGCACUGCUGUGUAAAUAACCUUUUAUUAUACUCGCCUGCUGAAACAAUGACCAUACUUACUGGAAAUAAUGUGUUAUGUUUGGAGCGUUCUAGGGUGAGUGUUAUUAUUGUACAUAUAUGUAUAUCCCAAGAACUGUCCCGUAUGGGUUGCUGUUGGAUAUGUUUUUCUUUUGCGCAGCAUUGUAAAUAAAACAGAAUAAACACAACCCUUAAACUCUUAUCCACUUUUUGCUACGCAGCCAUUACAUGACUUUAGAUACAGCAGUAUAAGCGAAUAUAUUGGAUGUAUGUUUCAAAUGUAACUUUUUUUUUUAUGCCAUGAAAAUUAUUUAGCAAUAUCUGUCACUGUUUUAUUGACUUUGUCCAAUAAAGUUCCUAAGUAUAAUUUA